AUGUCUGAUCUCGCGAGCCGCGUCACCGAUCCGACGGAGGCGCCCAAGAAGGCGCUCGAGGGCGAUUCUCAGGAGCAGCCCAAGGAACAGCCCAAGGACAACGCUGCCGAGCUUGCUCCUCCAGCUGCCGCCGACUCUAGCGUCACCGAUGCACAGCCCGACGGUGCCGACGAGACCCCUGGCGGCGGCCCAGGUCUUCACGAACCCGAAUGGGACGUCGAAGUCUCGCUCAGUGAGCUCCAGAACAACGAGGCCACACCUUUUCACUCUGCCACGACAUGGCAAGACCUGGGCCUUUCCGAGCCAAUCCUCAAAGGCCUGCUCGCCCUCAACUUCCUGAAGCCGUCCAAGGUCCAGGGCAAGUCACUGCCUCUGAUGCUUAGCGAUCCUCCGAGAAAUAUGCUUGCCCAGUCCCAGUCCGGCACCGGCAAGACGGCCGCCUUCGUCACUGCCAUCCUCUCCCGCGUCGACUUUACUCGACCAGACCAGCCCCAAGCCCUGGCCCUGGCGCCCAGCCGGGAGCUUGCCCGCCAGAUCCAGGGCGUCAUCGGUGCUGUUGGUCGCUUCAUCGAGAACCUCAGGAUUGCGGCCGCGGUCCCCGGCGCCUUGCCUCGAGGAGAGCCAGUCAGGGCCAGUGUCAUUGUUGGAACGCCCGGUACUGUCAUGGAUAUUGUUCGUCGCAGACAACUCGACGUCUCCACGCUGAGGGUGCUCGUGCUUGAUGAAGCCGACAACAUGCUGGACCAGCAGGGGCUGGGCGAUCAAUGCUUGAGAGUCAAGGGCAUGCUGCCAAAGGAUAUCCAGACGCUUCUGUUUUCGGCCACCUUUCCCGACAAAGUUAACAACUAUGCCGGCAAGUUUGCGCCCAACGCCCACACUCUAACGCUGCAGCGCAGCGAGCUCACCGUCAAGGGUAUUUCGCAAAUGUUCAUCGACUGCCCCGACGACAACACGCGAUACGGAGUUCUAUGUAAGCUCUAUGGUCUCAUGACCAUUGGCCAGUCGGUAAUCUUCGUCAAGACCCGAGAGAGCGCCAAUGAGAUUCAGCGCCGCAUGAUUGCCGAUGGCCACAAGGUUUCCGCCUUGCACGCUGCCUUUGACGGAAACGAACGAGACGAUUUGCUCGCCAGGUUCCGCAGCGGGGAGAACAAGGUCCUGAUCGCGACCAAUGUUCUGGCGCGCGGUAUCGAUGUGUCCAGCGUGUCCAUGGUCAUCAACUAUGACAUACCGAUGAAGGGCAGAGGCGACACAGAGCCAGAUGCAGAAACCUACCUCCAUCGCAUCGGACGUACUGGACGCUUUGGCCGCGUCGGCGUCAGCAUCAGCUUUGUGUACGACAAGAAGAGCUACGACGCGCUCAGCAAGAUUGCCAAAAACUUUGGCAUUGACUUGGUUCACCUCGACACGGAGGACUGGGACGAGGCCGAGGCAACGGUCAAGGAUGUCAUCAAGAAGAACCGGGCACAAGCUGCCUACGCCCCGAGCGCAACCGACAAGUUGCAAGCAGCGGCCCCGUAG